AUGGUGGACGCGGCAGCGGAGCGCCAGGCCGCCGCCGCGGGCUACCGAGACACAAGUGCCUCCAGUCUUACCAAUUGUCAAACAUGUGAAGGAAGGCUGUCCGGUCGGCUGCUAUAUCUGUCGGUGACGGCGCGGGGCCUGCGGCGGGACGGGGACUAUUUUCGUCUGGCGGCCACGUUUGGAAAAUGCGGCGGUGACGUCACACUCCACCACGGCGAUGGCAUCAUACAGCGACACGCACACGACAAGCCAAAAUAUAGCACGGAGCACCCGCGACCGGCUUUAUUUUGGUCAUUCAUCCAGUCAUUGUCGAAUACAAAUCUCACCCCACGCGUCUCAUGA